AACAGCUAUGCGCCAACACUGUCCGGACUCUUCUGAACGAGUUAAUCUUUUGCUACUUAAAAUAGCCUUGCUCCUGCAAAGCGUUAUAAAUCUGAAACAAUGGGUGACUGGAGCUUUUUGGGGAGACUGUUAGAGAAUGCGCAGGAGCACUCCACGGUUAUUGGCAAGGUUUGGCUGACGGUACUGUUUAUCUUCAGGAUACUGGUGCUGGGGGCUGCUGCUGAGGAGGUCUGGGGAGACGAGCAGUCGGACUUUACAUGCAACACUCAGCAACCCGGUUGUGAAAAUGUUUGUUAUGACAAAGCCUUCCCCAUUUCUCACAUCCGCUUCUGGGUGCUGCAGAUCAUUUUUGUCUCCACUCCAACCCUCAUCUACCUGGGCCAUGUGCUGCACAUUGUACGAAUGGAGGAGAAGAGGAAAGAGAAGGAAGAGCUGAAAAAGAAGGGAAACGUCAAAGACAGCAACCACCCAGUGUCUGGCAGUGGUGGUGGAGGAGGCAAUAGCUUCAAGGAUCCUCUUGGCAAAAGGGGGAAGGAGAAGCUCCCGAUCCGUGAUGAACGUGGUAGAAUCCGUAUGGGAGGUGCCCUGCUCCGUACCUAUGUCUUCAACAUCAUUUUCAAGACGCUGUUUGAGGUGGGCUUCAUUGUGGGCCAGUACUUCCUAUAUGGCUUUGAGCUAAAGCCAGUCUACCAGUGCAGCCGCUCACCUUGCCCACACACUGUGGACUGCUUCAUCUCAAGACCCACUGAGAAGACCAUCUUCAUCAUCUUCAUGUUAGUGGUGGCCUCUGUCUCCCUGCUGCUGAACAUGCUUGAGAUAUAUCACUUGGGGUGGAAGAAGCUUAAGCAGGGCAUGACAAGCCGGUACAGCCUUGAGAUGCCUGUUGCAACAAUGACACCAGUCAUGGUAACAGGGGAGCCCAAACCUGUUGCCCUGCCACCACCAGCACCACCCGUAGUGGUAACGACUGUCGUGCCCACCCCUGUUCUGCCUGACACCCGCGCUGUCACACCAUUGCUGGCCCCGGUGACCAUGGCACCCUGCUAUGCUGCGGCUGCUCCACGACCACGGCCCCCCUCCAACACGACCUCUGUGGCUAGCUACCCUGUUGCUCCACCAGUUCCUGAGGAGAGGCACCGCGCUGUGACCCCCACACCCAUCUCCACCCCCGUCACCAUCCCAACCCCCAUCCCCACACCGACACCAGCCAUCAUCAACUACUUCAACAGCAACAGUCAUGCCCUGGUGGCAGAGCAGAAUUGGAUCAACAUGGCAGCUGAGCAGCAGGGGAAGGCACCCUCCAGCUCAGCAGAAUCCUCUCCGCCCAGCAGUGUCCGGCAUCCCCUUCCCGAGCAGGAGGAGCCACUGGAGCAGCUACUCCCACUCCCAGUGGGGCCGCCCAUUGCUGCAGCCAACAGUGGCAGCAGCACUAGCCUGAGCGGGGCAAGCGGCAGCAAAUGGGAUGUGGAGGGUGAGGAGGAGCUGUCGGAGGAGCGGCCCGUCUCGCCCGCCUGCACCACCGUGGAGAUGCAUGAGCCACCGCUGCUCGUAGACACGCGGCGCUUGAGCAGGGCCAGUAAGUCUAGCAGCUGCAGAGCCAGGUCAGACGACCUGGCCGUGUAGUGCGGUCGCCUCUGCUCCGAGGAGCGGGCGGUGGAAGGCGGAGAGGGCAGGGGAGCUGCCCGGGGCAGCCAGGCCUCACGUGGUGGGACGGCCUGGGCUUCAAACUUUGACGCUUGCUGUUUUUGCACCCUGUGAGUUGUAGUGGGAAAAAGUAUGAACAUUUUCUAAUAGGUCAGGGGGGACCAAAGCACAGCCUGCGGGCCAGGGGACCGAUCUCGCUUUCCUUCACAUGUCGAUGGCAGAUCUCCCCAGGGCAGCCAUAGGGGAGGCCUGCACAGAUAAGAGGUGGUAGUGGUUGCUGGUCAUGUGUCCGGAGGCUGAAUUUCAUCUGAGAACAAUGUUAAUAUCCCUAGCGCCCAUGUGGCUGCCUGUCAUCUCCCUCUUGCCCUUGCCUUCACUUCCACCCUUUUUCACACAAGCUCUACGUGAGCAGAUGCAAUGACUUAUUUUCUUAUUCUUAAAUCUCACAUAGCCCUAUGGCAAACAUCAGGGUGGCAUAUUGCCUAUUGGCACCUGUCACCUCAAAGGACCAACUUUCCAUAUUAAAGGUGGCUCAGUCUCUUCCAUACAACAUGAGUUAAUGAAGCCUUUGUGCUCAUGGCAAAUCGCCAGUGUGGUUCUCGGCCAGGCAGAGUUUAGGUAACCCCUGUAAUAGAUUUUUGAGGUUCCUCUUUCUAUAAUUUUUUUUUACUCUUGACCUGUUAGGAAGUGUUCAGUUUGACCUUCUAGUCAGUGUUUGCCGACCAUGAUCACACCAUGUUUUUAAGCCUACAAAUAUGUUUGAGCAUGUUUGAUUAUAAUUUUAGAUGACUUCUGAAAUUGCUUAGAGGAGGACAGGAAUUUAAACCGCAUCUCAGAAAUUAUUACACAGAACAAUUUCUCUUCAGAAAGCAAGGAUUAUGAUUUCAAUAUAUUGUGGCCCCAUACAUUGCCCGUGGACAAACAAUAGGAUAAAGUACAGCUCUGCAUUUUAGACUAUUAGAUAUCAGCUUAAGUUUGUUGGGAAAAUGCUUUUUAGAAGUAAACUUGAGUGCAUAUUUUUAAGUAUUUGAAUAUUUUGAGAAUUAAUUUUGAUCUGUAGGUUUAAAAUUACUAGACUGCGUACUUAAUCAUUUUAGUUUGAUUUUACAAGAAAAUGUAAGGGGAAGGAAACUUACUAAUGGUAAAAUUCCCAAAGCAACGGUAUUUCCUGUUGUGUUCUAUCCUUUCCUUUAACAACAAUCUGUUGUGUCUUACAGGUCAGUGAAAAAAGAUUUAGCCAAUAUUGUAUUGCAGAGAAGGUGGCUAAAAUAUCUGUAUCACAUGCUAGUGGCUGAAGGGUCUGUUCUGAUCACACUGAAGUCACCCACAGAAAUUCCAUUCAAUUUAACAAGGAGCAAGAUUUGGGGAUGGAUCUUGCAGGCCUUAUUCAAGCAAAACUAACAUUCCCAUGGUUUUUUGGGAGCCAGAAAGAAUGUAGAUUUGAGGCCUUAGAUAAAGACAUUAAAAUCCUGCUUUUGAAAAUUAUGUUUCCCUUGAAAAAUGGGUGGAGGAAACUACUGGGUAUUUUUUUCUAAAGUGCAGCUUUCCUUACAGCUGGCUCUGUUCUUUAUUCCUUUGUAACAAGUACCCUCACAGAUAUUAGUCAGAAUUUUGAAUGGCCGUUAAGGCUCAGGAGAGUUCGGGUACAAAAGGAAUGCAGGAUUAGGCCCAACUUCUGUUCUAAUUAAAAUCCAAAAGAACUGAAGCUCGGAGUCAGUUCUAUUGCUGCUAUAAAUCGAAAGUACUGUAAUUGGAGAAGAGCAGUCAAACACACUGGGAUAACGCUUUGCAUCCUCAAAGCAUUUGGCCUGGCAGGGGAGUCCUUACUCGGGCAAAGCAGGGUCACCAUGUGGCAAGUAGUUACAGUUGCCAGUUAUCUCUGCUGUUAAAUGUUUUCCUGAAUGUGUUUAUUUUAUUCAACAGUUAAAAUGUAUUCCCAAGAAUCUUCAAGAUUAAACAUAUAUUUUUACUGCUUUCUGAGUAGACACAAGUAAACACUGUGUAGUUUCUCAUGAUCAGAAGCACUGUUCUGCAGCUCUUGGCCAUGAUGUCUCAUUACUUCCUUGACCUGCCUGUGGUGAACCAGGUGAGAAGUCUUUCUGCUGCCACUCAUCUUAGGGCAGACACUGCGUUAAAAGUCAAUGUACGGUAGUACAAUAAAGUAUUUUCUAUUAGGUGUACAGCUUCAGGCAUGCUCUCUUGAAUUUUCUAUGUUAUAAGCCAUAAAAACCCUUUCUGCAAGAAAGCUACAAGUUAAAUUCUACUUUCUAUUGUAUCCAUGCAACUACGCCGAAAUUAGACUAAAGUUGAUAAGGUGGCCUAGAUGUAAACAAAGGCAGUUUAACACUCAAAACUUUUAGAUUUACUAGCAUCUAUGGUAGCAGUUUUGUAAGUUUUGCUAAACGCCAAGUAAUUAGUAUUGCUGAGAUAAUGCAGUAUGCAUCUCUGUAUUUUAGUACAUGAAAAUUCAUGGGCUAUAUUUUCCUUUCUUUUAUGCUUCUGAGGAAUAAAGUCAAAGUCUCUCUGGAGUGUAUUUAUAGAAACCAGACCACCUGGAAUACGUGCUUUUUGUAUCAACACCUGAGAGCAAAACUGACUUGUUUGAUGGAGCUCUGAAUCUUGCAGUCCUUACUUUAGAACAACCCUCACAAAGUGUGUCCUGCAGGAUUGCAUCCGUGUUGUAUAUAAAAAGUAAUAACAAACACAGGUUUAACUUAGGAUCAACUGAUACCUAGUCUGCCCUUUUCAAGUUAAUAUGUGUGGUUAGACCUGCAGAGAGUUCAGGUGUUUUCAAGCAGAGUAACUACUGGAAAGCUGUAAAAGAUAAUUUCUCCUGUUAGGUGAAGCCUGGGGGGAGAAAUGUAACUCUACUAAAACCUUAAGAGAAAUCUGACAGAGCAGCCUCUGCAUCCAGGCAGUACUGGUCUAAAAAAGCAAAGCUACAACUCACAGGUUGUGCUUUUACUAUCAGCUGAAGUUCCAUCAUGUAACUAUACAGUGUCAAGAUUUUUGUUACCUACAAUUUCAUUAGGAGUCCAGGAAUUGUUUCUUCACGUAAGCCCAGAUAACUCUUUCAGCAGAACUCCCCCUUAGUGCUUACUAAUCCCUUUUACCUGCUGUAUCACAUCUCAAAUCAGAUUUGUUGAAAAAAAAAUUCCUAUUAGCAUGGCCAAUUUUGAGUACUUUACACAUGAAUCAUCACUAAAUUCAACAUGCUAUGAGUAAAGCAUAACUAUGCAGACUUCCGUAGUUCUAGAAAAUAUGUACAAACACCAAAUAACUUGCUGAACAGAGUCUAUUGGCAAAAAUAAUCUGCUAAUAUCCAAGUUGUUUACUCUUUCACAUGAACUAAUUCCAAAGAGGGAAAUGGUAGCAAAUGAUGCUUGAUUUAGCCUGGUCAUACGGCUGUUCAAGCCACAAUCCUGAAAAAACCUACACACAUACAUGAGACCAGUAGGUAAGUUAUUGCAGAAGUGGAAGUCGGAACAGAAUUAUGUCAGGUAUUAAGCAAACUGAAAAAAAACCCCAACAAAAUACUCAUAUUUUACUCUUCUCUUACUGGUAGUUAAAGAAAAAAAAAAAAGGCUAAGGUAAGCUAUGGAAAACAAAAGGAGAAAACUGAAAAAAGAUACUCUUUGAACAAGUUACCAUGUGUAUGAUAUGCUACUCUUUUUGGAGUUAGUCAGCUCACUGGCACUAGUUGACCUUGGUUGGAGCAUAGGGGGUUGGGCUAGGUGCCCAAUCAAAUGCCAAUCAAAUUCUAGACUUCCAGAGGUCCCUUCCAACCACCAUGAUUAUAUGAAACAUUUUCCAAAUCACUGAUUUCAUUAGCACAUUUUUCAUAAUAGUUUUACAAAGAUACAGUAAAUUUACAAAGAUACAAGAUUACAGUAAAAAAAAUACACAUAAAUACAUAGGUUCUUGACCAUGGACAUAGUUGAUCUGUUUUCUACCACUGGGCUUUUUUAAUUAGUGCAGCUGUCAGUUAACACAAACGAAAACAAAGUUUAAACAGUUUAAACCCCAACAUUUCUUCCUUUUGUAUUUUGAUUAAAUGAAGACAGCCUGCUAGAACCUCCCCUUUAUUAAAGUGGAACAUGAAAACCAAUCUUUUGUUUUUUCAUAGAUAAAAAAGUGCUCCUUGAAUUUGUUGGUCCAUGCUGGCAUUGAAAAAUCAUAAUUUCUUGAAAAUAGGUAGCAUGCACUGAAAAAGAGGUGAACUGUGCUUUUUUCUGGUGUAAGUUGUGUGCAAAGUGGUACCAGGGAUUGCUUUGGCUCAGUAUAUUUGUUGUUUAUCGAGGCACUUAGAGCUAAUUAAAUGUCUGACAUUUUGCAGCUCUCGAGAUUAUUUUCUGGUGUGAACACGUAAGUAUAGGAUCAGUAAAAUAAGGCAACCUUUAAAAAUCAGAUCAGUACUUAGGCCCUGUUUUGGUUAGUCAUGGGACCAUCUCCUCAGCUGCUACAAACUGUUGUACUCCACUAAAUUCACACAGGUGACAACAGUCUGCAGAAGCAGAGCGUUGAGCCCCCUGGUCUUUUUGUUUAAUACAGACCCUAACACCAUGGAUUUGAACAGGCUGGGGGUUUUUAUUAUUAUUAUUAUUUUAUUCCAAACGUUUUACUUUGAUUUUUCUUGUGGAAUGUGUGCUCUUGUAAUUUUGAUUUUCUGAAGUUUACAUUCAGGUUUUGAUUUCAGAUUGCACAUUUGGAUAAAAUAAACUGUUUUCUAAGUUUACAUUUGUAUAAGUAGUAAAAGAGUGACUCUGCCAAUAUAUUAAACCUAAGAGAGAAAUGUCUUACUGUAACACAGGAACUCUUUAGACAUAAGGCAGUACCAUUAAAGGUGGUUUAACCUGAUCAUUGAUGUAUAGUAUCAGUUUUCUCUGUGUAUUUAAAAUAUGGGAGCUGGAUAUAUAGGGAGCACACUAUAGAAAAAGAUAACUUUUCAUCAUGAACUCAAUUAUUACCAAAUAAACUAAGGUUCAUUAUUAUUGAUAUGCUUUCUUGUGUGUUUAGAGAUUCAAUGACAAAAACUAGCUGUGACAUAUAUCCUUUGAGUGCUAAAUUUACAGCCUGGUUUAAAAUUCCAAACAAAAUAACUUGUGGAGAAACAUUGCACUGUUACACUGUAGAACACUUUUCAAAAGAUAAAUGUUUUGCUUUCUAGCCAAAACCAUGGUUCUGAGCCUGCAAAUACAAUUUCAUGCAAGUUAGUUAUUUUUACUCUUGCAAAUAAGACCAUAAAAGAUAAUGGGAGUAUUUGCAUAAGCAAAAAACCCUGAUGUGAAAAAGAAAUUGUAGAUUUGCAUUUUAAGUUUGUUGUAAGAUGCCAAUCAAAUUCUAGAAGUUUCAGUCCUUGAAGAGUUAUGCAAGAGAUGUGAACAUAUUUUAAGGUGCAGAAUAUAUUCCCCAUUUCCAUUGACACCAUUUCUCACAGUUAAAGGGUUGUAAAGCAUAAGAAAGCUUACUGAGAGCUUUCUUGUGCUUACCAGAUGUUUGUCUUUUACAUGACAGAAUCUGACAAGAAGUACAAGUUUUUUGGGCUGUCAGGAACUUGUAAUAACAAUAACAACAGCAAACAGUUAAAAGUGCUGUCUUCAAAGUGCCUUGUGUAUUAAAUUCUGUAAGAAACAAGUUGAUGUAAAUGUAAAUUUACCUCAUAUGUUUACAAAAUUGUGACUAAAUAAACUUUUUGUACCACA